AGAAAAUUAUAUGACCAUGGAUUUCUUUUAUUCGUUUUUGAAGAUUUAUUUCCUUAUUCUGUUCACUAUAUUUGUUCCCUUUUUUUCAACCCUUAUGUGUUCAAUCAUGGACUGCUACCAGUAAUUGAUUCUGGUUGGUCAUCAUCAACUGAGUAUAUAAAUAAUUUACAAUAUGGAAGGUAUGGUAGUAAGAAGGGUUAUUCCCUCAGACAAUGGUUGCCUCUUCAAUGCAGUCGGGUAUGUAAUGGAUCAUGACCAGAAAAAAGCUCCUGAAUUGAGACAGGUUAUAGCUGCAACGGUAGCAAGUGAUCCCACUAAGUAUUCAGAAGCGUUUCUUGGUAAAUCGAAUGAAGAGUAUUGUGCUUGGAUUCUUGACUCAGAGAAGUGGGGAGGGGCCAUAGAGCUGUCUAUAUUAGCAGAUUAUUACGGACGGGAAAUUGCAGCAUAUGAUAUCCAGACUACACGUUGUGAUUUGUAUGGUCAGGAGAAGAAGUAUUCAGAAAGGAUUAUGUUGAUCUAUGACGGACUUCAUUACGAUGCUUUAGCCGUAUGUGGUCUGAUUCAAUUUAUGUCAAUUUGCUAUUUCUGAGUUUUUCUGGUUGUCAAUUUUGACGGACUCAAAAAGUGGCAUCGCUAUGGCCUCAAGUAUUCUUCCAGCAUUCAACCCAAACUGUAUGAACCAGAUAAUCUUACUCAUCUGUUCUGUUGUAUGGGUUAGGGCAUAUUGAAAAAUUUGGAGGGGGGGGAGGGGAUGAAAAAACUACCAUGAGUUGGGAAAAUUAUAGGUUUAAAGUAUUUAAAAAGAGUGGUCUUUAUUGGGCAUUUGGGUAGUUACAAUCUGUUUCUCGUCAUCCUUCUAUUGAGGGGCUUGCCCUUAACGCUGUUUUUGCAUUCCUCUGUUUGUAGUUGAUGGGACCAGAGAUCUUCCAUUUCCUAGAAGAAACUAAAAUGAAACUCUCGUAACAAAAUACAUCAUAUUACAGAGGGAAAUGUUAUCGUUUUUCGCCUACCAUUUUCAACAAAUGCUGUCUUCUAGAUUCGAAAUGAUACAAAUAAUGAUUCACGCCUUCUAAAUCGCUUGCAAAGACCCCCGAAAC